AUGGCGGAGGCCGUAACAGCAGGAGCGACGCGUCUCCUCCCCGGCCUCCCCGAUGAGAUCGUCGUCUGGGAGAUACUCGUCCGCCUCCCCCCAAAAUCUGUCCUCCGCUGCCGCCCCGUCUGCCGUGCCUGGCGCCGCGUCACCUCCACCCGCGACUUCCUCCUGGCGCACCACGGCAUGCAGCCCUCCCUCCCCGUCGUAUACGGAUACGAAAAGGCCGACACGAACUACAGAAACAUCCUCGCCAUCGACCACCGUUCCACCGACACCCAGGUCCAACAUGUCGCCCGGUUUGACAUUGACAAGCUCAUAUGUGUAGAAGCCUCCUGCGACGGCCUCCUCGUCAUCUCCAUGGUCUGGACUAGCCGCCGCUUCUCCGUCUGCAACCCGGUCACGCGUCAGCAUGCUCUCCUCCCGCAUCCGCCAGACUUCAGUUUAUUCAGUGUAUUCGGAAUGUACCUGCACCACCCUUCCGGCGAGUACCGGCUGCUACUGUACCGGAGGAGUAACGGUGUGUCGUAUGUAGGAUAUCUGCUACCUGACGGUAAAGUUGGCUGUUAUGCAUUAGCGUUGGGCUCCAGCCAGCCACCGAGGUACAUCGGGGGACCAGAACCAGCAUCAGAGCUGCAGUUCUACACACCUGUACUGGUCCGAGAUAGCUUGCAUUGGUCUAAAGGAAUACAUAGCAGACUGGUAGUUGUAUUCGACACCACAGCCGAGUCCUUCCGGGAGAUGCGUGUUCCAACUGUUCCCGCCAACUCAUCGCUCGUUCAGAUGGAUGGUACGCUCGGCAUGUGUAGCUGUAACGAUACCAUGAAAGUUGUUGAUAUAUGGGUGCUCAAGGACUACCAAGGCGAGAUCUGGGAGCACAAGUACCGAAUCAAAUUACCGGUCGAAGAAAUCAGAGUGCAGUUUGGAAGGUGGGAAGACUAUUGGUGCGUGGCCGUUGAUUCGUUGGAUGGUGACUUCCUCUUGCUGCUCAGUUCUGACGAGUGGCUGUUUUAUGUGGACAGUGAUGGCAAACUGGUUGACAGUUCUCAUUGUGGUGGCCAAGAAUUAUCUGCCUGUGGAAUUCGGCUAAAACAAACCCUUGUUCCUCAUACCUUCUUCACGGCACUACAAGACUAUGCUGUGAACGCUUCGCCUUUCAUCUGAAGGCAGUUUUGUGAGGUGGUGCUUCUUAACGGACUAGCUGUCAUAUCCUCAUGAGCUGCAGUAUCUAUGAAGUGAAUCAAGU